AUGCAUCUACCUCCAGGCUUUCACAGCAAGGGGGAGCAUUUGGUGUGCAAACUAAAUAAGUCAUUGUAUGGACUUAAGCAGGCCUCAAGACAAUGGUACUCUAAGUUCUCAGCUACCAUUUUGAAAUGUGGUUUCAAACAAUCUAAGUCAGAUUACUCUCUAUUCACCAAGAAGUUUAAUCAGUCAUUUAUAGCUCUCUUGGUGUAUGUUGAUGACAUCCUUAUUGCUAGUAAUGAUGCUCAUGCUAUUGAAGAACUUAAGGUGUUUUUGGAUCAAGAAUUCAAGUUGAAAGACCUUGGAAACCUGAAAUUUUUCCUUGGUCUUGAAGUGGCCAGAUCAGAACAAGGCAUUUGUUUAUGCCAAAGGAAAUACACCUUGGAGAUACUUAAAGAUGCUGGGAUGUCAGGUUGCAAACCAAGUAAGGUUCCUAUGGAACAAAAUUUGAAGUUAAGCAAGUUUUGUGGGGAGUUAUUGCUUGAUCCUAGUGUUUACAGAAGACUAGUAGGGAGAUUGUUGUAUCUCACCAUAACUAGACCAGACAUUGCUUACUCAGUACAAAAAUUGAGCCAAUUUAUGUCCAAGCCACGCAAACCUCAUCUGGAUGCAGCUUAUAAAGUGCUGCAAUAUCUUAAAGGAACUCCUGGUCAGGGCAUCCUUUUCUCAUCCAAAUCAGAUUUACAUUUAAAGGCAUACACAGAUGCAGACUGGGCUUCCUGCAUUGACACUAGAAGAUCCACUACUGGAUUUUGCAUUUUCUUAGGUGAUUCACUCAUUUCAUGGAAGACCAAAAAGCAAUCUAUAGUCUCUUGUUCCUCUGUUGAGGUAGAAUAUAGGGCCAUGGUAGUUGCUACAUGUGAAAUAACUUGGCUUCUGGCCUUGUUAAAGGAUUUGGAGGUUUUUCAUCCCAAACCUGUCAUGCUUUUCUGUAACAAUCAAGCAACCAUAUACAUAGGUGAGAAUCCCGUGUUUCAUGAAAGAACCAAGCACAUAGAAAUAGAUUGCCACUUGGUCAGGGACAAAGUUGAAGAUAAGGUCAUUCGUUUAUUUUUUACUCCCACUCAUUCCCAGCUAGCUGAUCUCCUCACAAAGGCUCUUAGUGGUCAGCAGUUGCAAGCAUUACUAUCCAAGAUGUGUAUUGUGAAUAUCCAUAAUCCCAAUUCUCAUCUUGAGGGGGAGUAUCAAGAUUGCAGCCCACAUCAGAAAGAUAGAAAAGAAAUGAAGAAAAAGAAGAAAGCAGCGAAGAAAUGA